UGAUGAGCAACCCUGCAGAGUCCUGCUGUUGUAAUUCUGGGCUGCAAAUCCCAGAGACCUUGGCGGCAGCAGGAAGAGGAAGUGAACACACAGCUAGAGAGCUGUGCUCUAGUGCCCCCUGUCUUCUGCCUGAGACACUGUAGGCAUGUGGUUGCAUUUUCUGAAUCAAAGGAAAAUAGGAUCGAUAGGCUUGCAAGAUAAAGCACCUCUGUCAAAGAGUCUCUUAUUAGUUCCAAGUGCCCUGUCGAUUCUGUUGACUCUGCUCUUCCAACAUUAUCGGAAGUUCUUCAUGUAUAAUCUACAAGCUGUAAAAGAGGAUUUUCAGAUUUGGAGACUUGUAUGUGGAAGAACGGUAUGUCUUGAUCUAAAAGAUGCAUUCUGCAGCAGCUUGCUCAUUUACAACUUUAGAAUAUUUGAAAGAAGAUAUGGCAGCAGAAAAUUUUCAUCCUUUUUACUGGGCUCCUGGAUGCUUUCAGCUUUGUUUGAUCUUCUUCUUGUAGAAGUUGUGCAGUAUGUCUUUGGCAUCACUAUCAGCAGCUUGCCCUCUGGAUUUUUGGGUCCUCUGUUUGCUCUGUUUGUGCCAUUUUAUUGCUCCAUUCCAAGAGUGCAAGUGACACAAAUAUUAGGCCACUUAUCCAUCACAAACAAAACUUUGGUCUAUAUACUGGGUUUACAGCUCUUAACCUCUGGUUCCUACAUCUGGAUUGUAGCCUUAAGUGGACUGAUUUCUGGGAUCUGCUACAACAGUAGUGUGUUAAAAGUUCAUCGAGUAAUUUGUAUACCCAGUUGGGUAGCAAAGAUAUUUUCUUGGACUCUUGAACCAAUUUUCUCAACUGUGGAACCAUCCAGUGAGAUUCGAGUAGGAAUGGGAGCAACAGUGGACAUCCAGAGACAGCAGAGAAUGGAAUUACUGGAUCGUCAGAUAAUGCUGUCUCAGUUUGCACAGAUGAGACGGCAAAGACAACAGCAGGGUGGGAUGAUUAACUGGAAUAGACUCUUUCGUCCUCUACGUCAUAGACGUAAUGCAAAUUAUCAAGAUAUUCUCCAGUCUGAGCAAGAUGCACCUCCACCUACUGAGGUUUCUGAGGAACAGGUAGCACGGCUUAUGGAAAUGGGAUUUUCCAGGGGAGAUGCUUUAGAAGCUCUGAGGGCUUCAAAUAAUGACCUUAACGUAGCUACCAACUUUCUACUGCAGCACUGAUGAAGAAUUUCUCAAGUUGAUGCAUUUACCAUUUGAAGGAGGAUUGAAGCCACCUGCUGGAUAGACUCAGAAAGUUCAUUCCUAAGAAAGGGGGAAAGUCAAGAGAGAGAAACUACGUCUCCAUAAAUGAUGCUUCAAAGUAAUAUUAACAAAUGACACUGACUGUUCCCAAACCCUUAAAUAAAGUAAUCGUUCCCAUUUUGUUUAUCCUUUUAAAGAUUAUUUUGAUCUCCACUUAUUACCAGAUAUCUUCAAAAUUUGCUUUAAAAAUGGUCUUUCUCUUGUAACUCAAAUAUGUUAUCUUUCCUAUUUGCAAAGAAAUGCAAAAGCAACUAAUGAGACUACAACUGCUGCAUACAGAUAGAUUUGCCUUCCAAGAAAAAAACUACAGUUCUCCUCUUUUACUGAUUUCUUAUCUCUGAUAUUUAAUAUUAUUUUGGUUUUUUGGUCAGUAAUGAGAAAAUCUUCCAAGGUGGUGAUAUUAUUUCAGCAGAAGGUUAUGGGAUUAUCACAUCAUUCUUCAUAAAAUGUAUUAAUGCUUGUAAUAUUUUAUUCCUUGAAAUCCUUUUUAAAUAAAAGUUGUUAUUCCCUAUGUAAUCCAUGGAAGAUACCAGAAAUUUUAUGUGGAUCUUGUACAGUAGGUGAUCAGCAUAAAUUUAAGCAACUAUAAAUUUAGCAGAUGACUACUCAGGUCAGAAGGCACAAAAAUAUGUUAAUGGAGUAAUAAAAAGGACAUAAGUGAUAAAAAGGAUAUAAAGCUGAUGGCAUGAACAGAUUUGAACAGAUUUGCAUUGUAACAGCUGGAUGCAAUUCAAUUAGUCUGGUAUGUACAACUUCAAUUUUUGAGCAGGGUAUAUACAUCUCUUUAGAAGGAAAAUAUUUUUAAAAAAACAAAGACAUUUUUCUGCUUUCUAUGUAGUCUUAGUUUUCAGCUGUCGCAGAUCUGGACUACCCUGGCUGUGCUCACUUGGCUGAAAGCAACACGGGCUGAAAACUUACUCUGAAAGCAUCAGCUGAACUUGGCACAGGAGCCAACAGGAUGCUAAUGUCAGGAUAUCCAGGAUCUGCUUUUAGAGUUUAAAAUAUUAAAGACCCCAUAUUUGAUCCAAUUUUCAAAGGUAUGAAAGUUUCACAGUGUGGAAAUACCUGCUUGCUCAACACCUGUGAAAUCAAGCCAAUUAUUGUGAGAUACCAUGCACUUCCAAAAGUGAGCUGAAUUUUAUACUUAAAGAAUAAUAUAUUCAUAUAUAGCAUGUAUUUUACAUAUAUGUAUGUCAAAUGUAACAUUCAUAUAUAAUGCACAAAAUUGAGGACAUAGGAGGUGGCAUCAGGGGAAAAAUGAAGUAGCAAGGGGCAAAACAGAAGGAUAAAAGAAUAUGUUGGGAACCAAAUGGGAAAAACAGUGGAUAGUUCAGAUUUUCAUUAAAAAAACAGCAAUCUGACUGUGUCUGCAAAAUGACCAGAGGAAUGACAACAGGUUUGUUCAUAUUUGAACCUAUUGCAAUAGCAACUAUUGUAUUUUCUCUUUGUAAUUUCCAUUGCUUAGAAUGUGGAGAGGAAAACAUUCUUGAGGCUGUGAACAUGCUGGCACAAGGCAGCCUAUGCUAAUGAGUCCCAAAUUUUUAUACUCAAGGCACCCUGUGUUAGACUUGAGGCAUCCUUUGCAAAAUGCCAGCUCUUAGUUUUCCCUCAUUUUUUUGACUACAGAAAAAUAAUAGAGCAAUUUUUCAGUUGCUAAGAAUUAAAAAAGACCACAAUGGGUUGGAAUGCUUGUAACACUAUUCAAAUCUCUGGGUUUAUAUUGUGAAUCAUAUUUGCACAGCUAACAGUACUAUCAUUGUGUGGCAUCUGCUGGCACCCUUAAAAGGUUCUCAAGGCUACCCAGGGUGCAGCAGUACCCUGGUUGGGAAUCACAGGUCUGUGGAGACAACAGCUGUUUUUCAGUGCAAAAUUUGUUUGAUGUGGCAAUGACUGGCAUUUCUUCCGUAUAUGCCAAGGAGAUUUCUGGACUCUGUUAACCUGGAGAAGUGACUGGCUCACAAAGAGAGGCCCAAGCUUUAAGAGGUACCUGUUUUUAAAUGAUGGAAUAAUUUGGGGCAUGCAGCUUAAUUAAAAAAAAAUAUAUUAAGUAUUGUACAAGUUGUAGAUAGUAAUGCAUUUUAUUUUGGUAGUAAUAGCUAAAUUCUUCCUGUUACUGUCAAAGUAACUUCAUAAUAGUUUGCUAUAAAAGGUAGUAAAUAAUUCUGGGUGAGCAAAAUUCUGUCAAUAGGAAAGGGAUGUAUUUACCUCUUGACCAGUGUAUGUUACAAAGUUAAAUAUGAGAGAGACCCUUUGAAGUACUGUCCUGCUUGCACUGGAGCUGCUUGCAGACUCAAGUAGCUUUUACAUUAAGAAUUUUAAAACCUGUACCGAGAGUUUAGUCCAAGACAUUAUAGAGUAUUUAUAGAUCAAUGUUCUGUGAUCAAAAUCAUUCCUGUUUUAUAAGUCAGUAAUAUCUAGAAGUCACAAUCCCAUUGUAUUAAACUUUCUGCAAAACAUAUUUAAACUCCAGCUGUGAAAUCCUGGCACCUUAGUGAAGCCAAUGUAUCAAAACUCCCUUUGGACCAUAACAGGGCCAGAAGUUCACCCAACUUCCUUGUCUCAAAAUACUCUGUCUUCCAUAAAAAAAAAAAAAUUAAAAACUUUCCAUAAAAAAGCUUUUUGGGUCUUAGUUGCUGCUAAGGAAAGUUCCAAUCUGACUCAUGUAGUAAAGGAAGACUUGUAGAAAACAGAUCUUAAAAAAUGUCUUUUGAGUCAUCUGUGAUAGACCAACUGGCUGUAUAUGCAGGGUAAUUCCUUAAAGUAUAUCUAAGCAUUUUGUCCAGUGUAAUUUGAAAUGUCUCAAAUAAUAUAGUUUCUAUAUUAACUGCACUAUACAAAUGUAUUUGAGGAAGCAAGGGAAAGUCUGUCCUUUCCCCAAACAAGAUGCAACAUAAUUUUCUAUGAGGAAGAGCUUAAAGGGUGAAUUCCUAACUAAUGGAGUCAGUGGGAAAAUUCUCAUUGGCUCUGGUAAUGGCAUCCCAGGAUUUUACCUUUGAGAAUUUAAAGUCAUUACCCCUCUGGCAGAUUCCACUAGUACCUUGAGAACAUUUUCUUACAAUAGAGAAUGAAAUCAGAAUGAUUUCGCAGGGUACUUUUUUGAAAUAGUGUAUUUGGGAAAUGGACAGGGCUUUUACAUGGGACCGUUACACAGCUCUGCAUUGUGAAAUACUAGUUUCCAAGGUCCUUAAAUGUCUGUUAAAUUGCAGUAAGAUGAGGCUUCAUACAGGAGUUCAUGUACUUGUCAAAAUGUCUUCCUCUCACACCAUAGGAGAUGGAGAUUACUACCUCUCAGAUGAUUAAAUUCACAGUCAAAUUUAGCUUGUGUACAUAUUUGUGAUAUUUAGUGCCUGUUUAUAAUAUGCCUUAAGGAGAUUAUUAUUUAAUGGAAAAAUAUGUGCAGAUAUAUUUUAAAAGAAAAUCACAAAAAAUAUGUUUUGGGAGUGCUAAGAUAUUUAGUCAUCUUGUAUGUGUGAUUAUGAUGUUAUAUAUCACUCAGGAGAGCCUGAUUGUAGCUAUAAUGCGUGUGUUGGAAGGAAAUUAAAAAUAUAUAUUCCCAGACUCCUCUUUCUUUUAGUGUAUGUGUAUGUUCACUAUAUUUAUAAAACUAUAUGAGAGGUGUCCAGACUUUGAAAUCCUGAGAAGCAAAUUGGCACAUUGCUAGGAGGAUUGUAUCUCUUUGUGUGACUGUCCACAUGCAUAUUUCUGUUAAAUUGUACCUUACUUCAUAAAUGAAUAGAAAUCUUUUCUUGUUUUGGUUUUCCUGCAAUAAAAACCUUCUCUUUA